GAGAGGCAGCUGAGCCAACAACUUCCAUCCUCCCAUUUGUUGCUCUCCUUAAACGAUUCCGCGAAUUCGGUUAUUGAUUCCCCUUCUCUCUCCUAGUGGUUAUUAUAUAAUUAUUCAACGGUUGCCUCCGCUGGUGACAUUUUGAGCUGGAGCGGCAGCUUGUGGAUAUGGUGGUGGCACACUUGUGUAUUUGUGUGUGUAUGUGGUGAGCGCGUGUGUGUCAGUGUGUGUGUGUGUGUGUGUAUGUGAUUUUAUGUCCUUUCGCGAUUCAGCUACGAACACAGAGCACAGUUGUCGGUGUGGACUCGGCCCAUACAGUCAUUGGUCUCCGAAGAGGAUCACAGUCGCGCUUUUCUUGAAAAACUCGAGCUCUAGGAAGGAUAAAGACGCCGGAGGCGCGAGCUGAUCUUCAAGGUGUUGUUUGGCAAGAGAAAGAGCUCGAGAAUGUCCUUGUAUGAUUGGAGCCAAGUCUUUCCCGGUGUUUGGAGCACGGAAUUACCCCCGUGUUGAACUUGUUGCUGGUUCGUUUCAACCACUUUUCCAAGGGGAGAAUAUUCUGCAUACUUCUGUGUGCAGAAAGGAUUGUUUUAUAUUAGAAAGAGAACGGAAAUCUUUAUUUUUCAAACCAGUCGCUUUUACGCAGAGAUGUCCUCUCGCCGCGCUGUGGUGCUGUGAUCGCCCACCGGAGCGUCGAGAGCUCUUCACCGAGACCGGGUCGCACACAGUGGGUCACCAUGGCAGCGGGAGUGGCGGCGUGGUUACCAUUCGCCCGGGCGGCUGCUAUAGGAUGGAUGCCGGUAGCCAGUGCGCCCAUGCCGACGCCUCCACCUGACAACCGGCGAAAACAGGACGGGCUCAUCUUGCUCAAUGUCAGCGGUCAGAAGUUCCAGACGUGGCGGAAUACAUUGGAGCGGUACCCGGACACUUUACUGGGCAGCACGGAGCGGGAAUUCUUCUUCCACGAGGAGACAAACGAAUAUUUUUUCGACCGUGACCCGGAUAUUUUCAGACACAUUCUGAACUUCUAUCGUACCGGGAAGCUGCACUACCCGCGCCAGGAGUGCAUCUCGGCCUACGAUGAGGAGCUGGCCUUCUUUGGGAUCAUACCGGAGAUCAUAGGGGACUGCUGCUAUGAAGAGUACAAGGACCGGCGGCGGGAGAACCAGGAGAGAAUCCAGGAUGACGAGGACAGCGAGAACCAGAACGAUAUGGUCCCGCCGGAUAUGACAUUCCGAGAAACCAUGUGGCGGGCCUUCGAGAACCCCCACACGAGCACCAUGGCCCUGGUGUUUUAUUAUGUCACCGGCUUCUUCAUUGCUGUUUCCGUGAUGGCCAACGUGGUGGAGACGGUCCCGUGCGGGACUUUGCCAAAUCGGGUCAAACAGGUCUCGUGCGGGGAGCGGUACGCCUUGGCAUUUUUCUGUCUGGAUACGGCCUGCGUCAUGAUCUUCACCGUGGAGUACCUGCUGCGUCUAAUGGCGGCGCCCAGCCGCUGGAACUUCAUCAAGAGCGUGAUGAGCGUCAUCGAUGUGGUGGCCAUUAUGCCCUAUUACAUCGGCCUGGUCAUGACGGACAACGAGGACGUCAGCGGGGCCUUCGUCACCCUGAGGGUCUUCCGGGUUUUCAGGAUUUUCAAAUUCUCCCGCCACUCUGCGGGGCUGCGCAUCCUGGGCUACACGCUGAAGAGCUGCGCCUCGGAGCUGGGCUUCCUGCUCUUCUCCCUCACCAUGGCCAUCAUCAUCUUCGCCACUGUCAUGUUCUACGCCGAGAAGGGCUCCUCAGCCAGCAAGUUCACCAGCAUCCCGGCCGCCUUCUGGUACACCAUCGUCACGAUGACAACUCUGGGAUAUGGAGACAUGGUUCCUAAGACCAUUGUAGGGAAGAUCGUUGGUUCUGUCUGUUCUCUGAGCGGUGUGUUGGUCAUCGCCCUGCCCGUGCCCGUCAUCGUGUCCAACUUCAGCCGCAUUUACCACCAGAGCCAGCGGGCAGACAAGAGACGCGCCCAAAAGAAAACCAAGCUUGGUAGAAUUGCCGCGAGGAAGAGUGGAGGGACUAGCGCUUAUUUGCAGUAUAAAAGCAACGGGCUGCUGAGUGACCUCAUCGACGAGGCAUCAAAGGCAGCAGGCCAGGCGCUGGUGUGCAAGGCCAACCCCAUGUUCGAUACGCACCACAAUCACCUAUUGCACUGCCUGGAGAAGACCACGAAUCAUGAGUUUGUGGAUGAGCAAACGUUUGAGACCAGCCUACUGGAGGUGUCCAUGGUGAAGCACCCGCCUCACUCUCCCUCCCUCUCCUCUGGCUCCUCCUCCCAAGGCCUGUCGUGCUGCUCGCGACGCAACAAGAGGAAGAGCUUCAACGUGCCCAACUCCAACAUGACUGGAGGGCAUAGGAACAGCAUCCAGGAGCUUAGCACCAUCCACAUCAGAGAGAGACCCAUCACUAACAGCCGCUCCAGUCUGAACGCUAAGUUCGAGGAGACGGUGCCUCUGAACUGCAAGCAGCCCUACAUCACGGCGGCCGUCAUCACGCUGCCCACGCCGCCCGUCACCACGCCCGAGGACGACGGCUCCGCCUCCUCCCCCGACUACUCACAGGCCAACAUCGUCAGAGUGUCCGCCCUCUAGGGCCCUCGCCUCCCCACCCCACCACCACCAUCACCAUGGCAACCCUAACACGGAGAGAGAGAUAGAGAGAGCUAAAGAAGAGAGACCCUUCCCUGCUCCAAUCAGAGAACGGUGUUUGCAGGGGGGAAGGGGUUAAGGGGAGCUGUGGUAUGGUGGUUAGGGGGGACAGUUUAGGCUGCAGGACCCUUUUUGUUUUCCUACACGUAGCUACUACACGUCUGCUCUUGUGGUGAAAUAAAGUUGCAGUGUGAAGCUGCAGCACAAAGCUCCGCCCUGGAUUUUUUGGGUGGGGAGAGACUGCGUUGCCGUGGCGACUGAGAUUAGCGCCUUACAAAGGACACACAAAUGGAGAGCAUUUAGCCACCUUGUCUAACGCAGCUACUCCCUAGCCACCUUGUCUAACUGCAGCUACUCCCUAGCCACCUUGUCUAACUGCAGCUACUCCCUAGCCACCUUGUCUAACUGCAGCUACUCCCUAGCCACCUUGUCUAACUGCAGCUACUCCCUAACCACCUUGUCUAAUUGCAGCUACUCCCUACCCACCUUGUCUAACUGCAGCUACUCCCUAGCCACCUUGUCUAACUGCAGCUACUCCCUAGCCACCUUGUCUAACUGCAGCUACUCCCUAGCCACCUUGUUUAACUGCAGCUACUCCCUAGCCACCUUGUCUAACUGCAGCUACUCCCUAGCCACCUUGUCUAACUGCAGCUACUCCCUAGCCACCUUGUCUAACUGCAGCUACUCCCUAGCCACCUUGUCUAACUGCAGCUACUCCCUAGCCACCUUGUCUAACUGCAGCUACUCCCUCCAAACACUCUCCAAGGGAAAACUUACCAUUACAAUUUUUUUCUAUAUUGUGUGUCUUUAAAUGUGAUGUCUUAAAACCGAAAUGGGGGAGGUGGAAUUUGUAUUGGUUUUUAUUGUUUGUUAAGGCCGUGAGUUUGACUAGAGCAGAUGUAUAUUUGCCAUGUUCUGAAAUGUGUGGAGUAGGAGAGAAAAGAAAAAGUCAUUUAAAACAUUUUGACAAAAAGGAGAGCAAGGGGGUGUAUGCACUGUGUGUACAUAUUUUCCUACCUUAUCAGGACCAGAAUGUCCGGACAAGUCACCAAAAUGUCCUGACAAGGUAACAAAACAAGAACAUGUUUGAAAAGUCAGGACUGAAUUAGUUAAAAUUUAAUUUUAGGCUUAAGGGUUAGUUUUAUGGUUUGGGGUUAAGGUUAGGGUUACGUUUAAGGUUAGGGUUAGGAGUUCAGGUUUAGGGGUAAAGGUUUGUGGUUAAGGUUAGGGUUAAGGUUAGGUUAAGGGCAGAGUAUGCCAGUGAAGUGGAACGGAGCUGGAGCGUAGCGUGCUCAAUUUGACUGUUGCGCAGAGCGCGAUUCUCAAAGGCUGGAGCGUCAUCCUUCUUGCCCGCUCCAAUUUUGUAGCGCUCAUUCUCCAGUAGCGCUCAUUUCACUAGCCCAGGGCAUGCCCGAGUAAGCAUGCAUGUUUAGUCUACUUAUGUGCUGCUAUAGCCCCUUUCUUUAGCUACUGACAGCUGCAAAAUCAAGGUGAUUUACAAAGUUUACGGCCUAGAGCAAGAGAGGGAGUGCAGUGAUGUAGUGUGCAGUGAUGUGUCCACAACUAAAGAAUCAUUGUGGAAUCUGAAAAUACACAUAUCCCGAAAGUAUGAUGGUGUACUUAUGACGUGCACAUGGGUAGCUCAUUAAGUGUGUCAUUGUAGCAAACUAUUUAUAAGCUAGAAAUCAGAUCUCUUAAAAGUUUCCUUCAUUUUUGCUUAUUCAUACAAUAGUCCCUACUUGAUUUUGUCCCAAAAUGCCUGGCAUAUUCCAACUGUCAAGGAGCUUUCCGUUUUGGUUGGGUUAUUUUGCCUAAAAAACUUUAGGCAGUGGUGGAAAAGUACCAUAUUGUCAUACUUGAGUAAAAGUAAAGAUACCUUA